UCCAAUAAACUUGAGAAACAAAGAUCAAAGAGAGAAAUAGUUUUCAUCAUCUCAUCAUGUCUGUUGAUCAAGAAGCUCAAAAGCACAGAUAUGUAGUCAAGAAGAUGCUUGCCAAGCCUCAGCAUGAAGGUGCUAGAGCCACUGUUAGGAGAAACAUUGGAAGGUAUGAGCUGAGAAAUUUAGAUCCUUUUCUUUUUCUGGAUGAGUCAUCAGCUUCACCUCCUGCUGGAUUCCAUGAUCAUCCUCACAGAGAUUUUGAGACUGUCUCAUAUAUGAUUCAGGGAGCAGUCACUCAUCAAGAUUUCUCAGGAAAUAAUGGCACUAUAAAAGCUGGAGAUUUGCAGUGGAUGACCGCCGGCCGGGGAAUCAUUCACUCUGAAAUGCCUGCCGGAGAAGGAGUUCAUAGAGGAUUGCAGCUUUGGAUCAAUCUCUCUUUCAAAGAUAAAAUGAUGGAGCCGAGAUAUCAAGAACUGCAAAGCAAGGACAUAAGAGAAGACGAAAAAGACAGCGUGCAUGUUCGAAUCAUCGCUGGAGAAGCAUUCGGAGUUCGAUCACCAAUCUACACUCAAACUCCAACAUUGUUCCUUGACUUCACAAUGAAACCUGUAGCUCAAUUAGAACAACACAUCCCUGAUACAUGGACUGCAUUUGCAUACAUUUUAGAAGGGGAAACAGUGUUUGGAAUACCACCCAAGUGUUCAUCUUCUGCAAUAACGAGCCACCAUGCUGUUGUUUUGAGCGUUGGGGAUGUUGUGGCUGUGCGGAAUGCUUCAUCCAAGAUGUUGAGAUUUGUGCUCAUCGGCGGGCAGCCGUUGAAUGAGCCGGUGGUGCAUUAUGGUCCCUUUAUGAUGAACACUGAGGAGGAGAUUAAGAAGACUAUUGAAGACUACCAUAUGUUUAGAAAUGGCUUUGAGAAUGCUAAGAAUUGGAAAUCAAAUAAAGCGAGGGUUGGUGAAGAGGAAGAAAGUGGUGGUGCUGGCAACAGUGUCGCCGCUUGUAAGAGGGGACCAGAGAAAGAGAUUAGGGCCAAAGCGGUGGAGAGAGAAGAGCAUGAAGAGAGUGUUGUUAGUGAGGUACUACAGAUUAGUGAGGAAGGCCAGGGUGGAGGAGAACUGGGAGGAAGGGCAUCAUGUGUUUGCAAUAAUCAGGGUAGGUGUGAAAUGAUGUGGUGA